AUGUUUGUGCAUUACAAGUUAAAGUCGACUGUAAAAUAUGAAACCGUCGCAUUUGAUGGACCAUCGGAGCAUCAUGAGAGCAGGAGACAUCAAAACAGGGAUAGAAGCAUUUCUUAUAGAGAAGAGGAAAGACCUACUCGGUCACCUUAUUUCAGAAGGUCGCCUUCACCUGAAAAGUAUCGCAAACAUUCAGAUGAUUAUCUCCAAAGUUCCAGACGUUCUCCCAAGAAGGGGAGGGACAUUGUUAAACCUGGGAACUGUUACGGGGAUGGAAUCAUUUCUUAUAGAGAAGAUGAAAGGCCAUCUUGGUCACCUACUUUCAGAAGAUGUCCAAGAAGAUCGCCUCCACCUGAGAAGUAUCGCAAACAUGCAACCGAUUAUCUCCGAAGUUUCAGACGUUCUCCCAAGAAGGAGAGGGAUAUUGCUAACCCUGGGAACUAUUACAGGGAUGAGAGCAUUUCUUAUAGAAAACAUGAAAGACCUGCAUGGUCACCUACUUUUAGGAGGUCGCCUCCACUUGAAAAGUAUCGCAAACAUUCAGACGAUUAUCUCGGAAAAUUCAAAUGUUCUCCCAAAAAGAAGAGGGAUAUUGCUAACCCUGGAAACUGUUACGGGGAUGGAAGCAUUUUUUAUAGAAAAGAGAAAAGGCCUGCUUGGUCACCUACUUUUAGAAGGUCGCCUCCACUUGAAAAGUAUUCGGGCGAUUAUCUCCAAAGUUUCAGACGUUUUCCUCAGAAGAAGGAUAUUUUUUCUAAUCCUGGAAUAUGUUACGAGGAUGAAAAUGUUUCUCAUAGAGAGGAGAAGAGGCCUGCUUGGUCACCUACUUUCAGAAAAUGUCCAAGACAAUCGCCUUCACCUGAAAAGUAUCGCGAACAUUCAGGCGGUUAUCUCCGAAGUUCCAGGCCUUCUCCCAAGAAGGAGAUAGAUAAUUUUUCUAACCCCGGAAACUGUUACGAGGCUAACCGCAAUUCAUAUGGAGGAGAUAAAAGACCUGCUCGGUCACCUACUUUCGGGAGAUGUCCAAAAUCACCUCCACCUGGAAAGUAUCGCGAACAUUCAGAUGGUUAUCAACGAAGUUCUAGACCUACUCCUAAAAAGGAGAGGGAUAUUUCUUACCCUGGAAACUAUUACGGCGAUGAAAGCAUGUUUUCGGGAAAGGGAUAUCUUCGUUCACCUUCUCCUUCGCCCAAAGAGCGUCGCACUUGUGAAGGCAAUGCUCCUCAAACUUCAGGAAGAUUUUUCACAGAAGAAAAUGAUUAUUCCAAGGAUACCCGUCAAGGCAGGGAUAAAACCAUGUCCUACAAUGAACCGAGAACCCGUUCACCUGAAAGUCUGAAAAGUUUCUGUUCAUCCGAUACGGAUUGCGAGCGUGAAGAUAAUUCUCCUCGUAGUUUGAAGCCCCCUCCCAAGGAAGGAAAUGAGCUUUCAAGCCGAACUCACCAUAGCAGGGAUAGAAUGGGAAGGGAAAGAUACUGA